AUGGACCAGAUUGAAUCCAACCCAACAAUCCCAGUCAGAGCUCUUCAAGAACAACUUCAAAAGGAUUAUCAAGUUGGAUUCUCUAUUCACAAGGUAUUCAGGGCCAAAUCAACUGCAAAAAAACUUGUCCAGGGUGAUUACAAAAAGCAAUAUGAUGUUCUUAGAGAUUACAUCCUGGAGUUGCAGUCUACUAAUCCAGAAACCACUGUGAAGUUAGAGUUUGAUUCAGAACCCAACCUAAGUGCUACCUCAAGAAGGUUUAAAAGGAUGACAAAUUUUAACUGCAGUUGGGUAGACUCCAACAAUGGAAUAUACCCCCUAGCUUAUGCCAUUGUUGAGACUGAGAACACUGACAGUUGGAAGUGGUUUCUAGAGUGUAUUGCAGAUGAUCUGGACCUACAUGCAAACUCAAACUUCACAUUUAUAAGUGACAGACAAAAGGGAUUGCAGACUGCCAUUUCUCAGUUGUUCCCAUGUGCUGAGCACAGGUUUUGCCUUAGGCAUAUACAUGACAAUAUGAGAAAAACAUGGAGAACUAAUGAGUACAAAGAACACUUGUGGAAUUGUGCUACAGCAACAACAGUACCAGAGUUUAAUCAUAGGAUGCAUCAAUUCAGCUCAUAUGAUGUAGAAGCUUAUAAUUGGUUGAAGCAGAUUCCCCCACAACAUUGGGCAAGAAGCCACUUCACAGGCAGAGCAGUUUCAGAUAUGCUUCUGAAUAAUCUUUGUGAAGUUUUUAAUAGCAAAUUGAUUGAGGGAAGGGACAAGCCACUGAUAUCCUGCUUGGAGUACAUUAGGGAGUAUAUGAUGAAAAGAAUAUGCAAUGUCAUAAAGGUUCAAAAGAAGUGUGUUGGUCCACUAACCCUAUCUGCAACAAAGAUCAUGGAGAAGAAUGUGAAUUGGGCAUCUCAGUACACAGUUAGGUGGAAUGGGUCAGAUAAAUACCAAGUGCAAGGGCCAUGGCAGGAUCAACAUGUUGUUGAUAUGGUUGAAAGAGUAUGCAGUUGUAGGAAGUGGGAAUUAACAGGACUCCCUUGUAAGCAUGUCAUUGCAGUCCUAAAUGACAAAGCAGAUAAUGGUGAGGAAGUUGGAGAACUGCACACUUAUGCCCACAGGGUGCACUGGCUAGAAACAUGGAAAGCAGCUUAUGUGUACAAAGUAGAGCCUAUUAAAGGUCGAGCAAUGUGGCCUAUAAGUGAAUGCCCAAUUAAAAUCACCCCUCCUAUACACAAAAAUCAGCCUGGAAGGCCAAAGAAAAAGAGGAGGCACUCUGCUGAGGAGAAAAGCCAGAAGAAGGGAGACAAUGUUGCUAGUGGUAGUGGGAGUCAAAGCAAUAUUGCUAGUAGGAGUGGAAAGCUUACAAGAAAGUUUAUCCAAGUAACCUGCAGCAAGUGUAAAAUUAAAGGGCACAAUGCUAGAACUUGCAAAGGCCAAGGGGGUAAGUGAUUGGAUUUCAAGGGAUUUUGAUGUUUGUAGGGGUAUAAGUGUCUUUUUGGGAUAAUGUUAUGUUUAUGUGUAUUGUAUGUUUAGUACUUUCUGUGUUUUGGGGUUUAACCAUUUUGGAUGUUACUUUUGGUACUUGAUAGUGUACCCCUGUGAU